AUGACAAGCACGAGCAAGAAUAAAGAAAUGAAAGACAAGAGGGCAGACAGCAUUGAAGCUGUUCAAGAGGCAAAUGAACAGCCCAGUCUCCCUUCCAUUUACUCCAUAGCAGCCGCUCAUUCGCUGUCAAAAGACUUAAAACAAAAGUCCCUGCACUUAAUCAAAGUCAAAAGAAGACAUGGAGACUAUGGACAAUUUGAUUUGACGCACGCUUGGUCCCCAGAGGAUUUGAUGGAUGACCUAGGAAGUCGCUACGAGAGUGGACGGUCUAGAGACAGUACAUUGGCUGAUGAGAGUUUAACUUUGGCACGACCCUUUGUUAUGGAACCAUUGAGGACAUUUCAGGUAGUAGAUUGAGAUAUGAUUCUCUUUUGUUUUAUUUUCUUAGAAUUUUGACUGCACAUCUCGCAAUUUUGCUACCUAAAGUAUUCCCUGUCUAUAGAGUACUAAAGUGUGACGUCAUAAAAAUGAAAUUUCUGAAAUUAUGGGAUUUGUCAGGAUAUUCUGGAAGAACAAUGUCCAAGAGGCCUCUUUUUUUUUGGGUCGACCCAAAAAAAAUUUAGAAGGGUUUGUAUGGAGUUUUGUAAGCAUAACUAAGCUACGAUCUCAGAGACACUUUGCCCCCAAAUGCUCAUUUUUGGCAAGUAGGCCUCUUGGACAUUGUUCUUCCAGAAUAUCCUGACAAAUCCCAUAAUUUCAGAAAUUUCAUUUUUAUGACGUCACACUUUAGUACUCUAUAAGGCCAUGGCUACUUGAUGAAAAGAGUAAAGCCGCGCGUAAAUCAAUAAAUAAUUGACAAAUUUUACCCGGCCCCAUUUGUUCAACAAGGUGGAUAGCGCUAUCCGAUGGAUAAAUCUUUAUCCAGUGGAUAGUGCAAAUGUUUCCCAAAUACUUAUCCGCUGGACUGUGAUUUAUCCAGUGGAGAGCGCUAUCCAACGUUUGAAAAACCGGGGCCAGAAGGUGCUCUGAACUACUGGUAAGCUGAAUAAAAUACCAAAAAGAUUUUAUGGGACAAUUAUCCUCUCUAGUUAUCCACUUUUAUCAUUUGGGUGCGGCUUAACUCUUCCUCAAGUACCUGUCGGCGAUAGCAAUUUUGAGUUUGCCAUCAAACUGUCAAAUGUAUAAAGUUCACCUUAAAACAAAAGCUUAGUUUGAAAAAUUAUUGUCAGAUUCUCCGUGUUUUGUACAUAGCUAAGUACUUUGAGCCGUCAAGAAUUGUUUGAGCACCGCGUAAACAAUCUCAGUAUCUCACUGGACAUUAUGGGUGGCGAAAAAGGAAUCCUCAAUAACUACUCAGCCCGACAAAUUUCGGUUUUUAGCCAGAGGGAAGUGUUCAGUACUUUGGAAGUUUUAGCCACGACCACAGCCAUUAGUUAAUAUAAUGGUCGACUUAGUCAAGAGAAGAUUAUUCACUCCUGUUUGUCAUGUUCCAACACUUUCAAUAGGUCCUAAACUUUUCAUUAAUGGUCAUAUUAUUUGUCCAAUGUUUUUUCUUUCCGAUUCUCUCCCAGGAACACAAGGUCAAACCAAUCAUUCAACAUGUACUGGAAACUAACUUGGCAGAACAAAAGUAUGACCCAGUCUUUUGCAGAGAUGCUGCAGUCACGAUGGCCGAGGUUAUAAAGGAAAGAGUGAAAAAACUUUGUUAUCCUCGAUAUAAAUUUGUGUGUCACGUGGUCGUGGGAGAAGUUAAUCAACAGGAUGUGAAAGUUGUGAGCCGGUGCGCAUGGGACUCAGCGGUGGAUCGUUUUGUGCAGUAUCAGUAUAGCAACUAUUAUCUGUACGCCGUGGGGAUUGUUUAUGCAGUUUACUGUGAAUAA